GCCCCCUCCUCCCCUUCCCCCUCCCCCCUCCGCUCCUCAUCCUCAGGGGACCCAGAUCCCCUCCCCAGCUUGGGAGGCUCCGCCAAGAACGGGAAGAGCCACCGAGGAUGAGACUCUUCAGCUGCCUUUGAAGAGGGGGAUCCCUCCAACCCCAAACGCCAGGACCAGGUGGUUCCCUCCCUUUGCUGGGGGAACCUCGGAGACAGAACCCAGAAGAGCCAUGGCUUCUGAUCUAGAGAGUAGCCUCACCUCCAUAGACUGGCUCCCCCAGCUGACCCUCCGAGCUACCAUUGAGAAGCUAGGGAGUGCUUCCCAGGCUGGGACUCCAGGGGGCAGCCGCAAGUGUCCACCAGGCUCACCCACAGAUCCCAAUGCCACCCUGAGCAAAGAUGAGGCAGCAGUCCACCAGGAUGGCAAACCUCGAUACAGCUAUGCCACCCUCAUCACCUAUGCCAUCAACUCCUCUCCAGCCAAGAAGAUGACCCUCAGCGAGAUUUACCGCUGGAUCUGUGAUAACUUCCCCUAUUACAAGAAUGCUGGCAUUGGUUGGAAGAAUUCAAUUCGGCACAACCUUUCUCUCAACAAGUGUUUCCGGAAGGUGCCCAGACCCCGGGAUGACCCUGGGAAGGGCUCUUAUUGGACCAUUGACACUUGUCCCGACAUCUCCCGGAAGAGGAGACACCCACCAGAUGAUGAUCUAUCCCAGGACUCACCGGAACAGGAGGCCAGCAAGAGCCCCCGAGGAGGCGUUCCAGGGAGUGGAGAAGCCUCACUGCCUCCAGAAGGGAAUCCUCAGAUGUCACUGCAGAGCCCCGCAUCUAUCACCAGCUAUAGCCAGGGCCCAGGAUCUGUGGAUGGUGGAACAGUGGCUGCAGGGGCUCCAGGCCGAGAAAGUGCUGAGGGACCCCCUCCCUUGUAUAACACCAACCAUGACUUCAAAUUCUGCUCAGAGAUCAGUUUUCAGGAUCUGAGCUGGUCCUUCCGCAACCUCUACAAAUCCAUGCUGGAGAAGUCCUCUUCCUCCUCUCAGCAUGGCUUUUCCUCUCUCCUGGGGGACCUGCCCCCCUCUAACAGCUACUACAUGUACCAGCAGCAGCCGCCGCCUCCUCAGCAACAGCAGCAGCAGCAGCAGCAGCCGCCGCCACAGUCACAGCCCCAACAAUCACAGCCACAGCAGCAGCCGGCACCAGCCCAGGGCCCCUCGACUGUAGCGGGUGCUCCUCCACUGCACACCCCAAGCCCAGAUGGUUGUACCCCACCAGGGGGAAAGCAGGCUGGUGCUGAAGGCUAUGGGCCUCCCUCUGUGAUGGCCAUGCAUCCACCCCCACUUCAGCAUGGAAGCUACCUCCCUCAUCAGCACCAUCCCCACACCCACCCUGCCCAGCAGCCACCGCCGCCGCCGCCACCACCACCACAGGCACAAGGCCAGGCUCCUAUCAAUAGUACUGGUUUUGCCUUUCCUCCUGACUGGUGCUCCAAUAUUGACUCCUUAAAGGAAAGCUUCAAGAUGGUGAAUCGGCUCAACUGGUCCAGCAUUGAGCAGUCACAGUUCUCAGAACUGAUGGAGAGCCUGCGACAGGCAGAACAGAAAAACUGGAGCCUGGACCAGCAUCACAUUGCCAAUCUGUGCGACUCCCUCAACCACUUCCUUACUCAGACUGGUCAUGUGCCCCCUCAGGGGGGUUCCCACCGACCACCAGCCCCUGCCCGAAUUGCUGACUCCUGUGCCCUCACCAGUGGCAAACAAGAGCCAGCUCUAAACCAAGUGAACUCUUAUGGGCACCCACAAACCCCCCACCUAUACCCUGGCCCAUCACCGAUGUAUCCAAUCCCCACCCAGGACUCAGCAGGAUACAAUCGCCAAGCACACCAUAUGGUCCCUCGGCCGCCGGUUCCACAUCCUGGUGCCAAUGAGGAGAUCCCUGAUGACUUCGACUGGGACUUGAUCACUUAGUGCAUCACAGAGUGUGACUCUCAGCCCAGGCUGGGUGGUGAAGCCUGGCAGUGGGGAAAGAGCAGCCCCAGCCCAUCCCUUCUCCCCUUGCCUGUAUAUAGAUAUACUAUAUAUCCUCUUGUUUUGUUCUUUCUCUGUCAGAGAAGUCACCGCAAGAUGCUGCCGAAGAUAACCCCUUUGUCCUGCCUCAUUCUUCCUCUUUCUUCUUGUUUUCCCCCUGAUUCUUUUAUUCUUAUUAUGUUACUAUUACGAUUAUUGGUUAUAUGCGGUCCCCGGUCUCCUAUCCCUAUACCAUCAACCAUGUGCACCCCUUGCUAAUUUAAAAUCAUCUGGCUGGAAGGCGAGGCCAUGAGAGCUACAGAGAAAGGUUUCAAACUCGGAUUUACCUUUCACUCUGAGAUAUUCAAUGCUAAACAUACCUUUCGACCUUAAGUUGUUUUCUGUUCUUAUCAAUUCAGUCCAGGACUGGAGAGGCCACAUUACCAAGUAGAAGGACCUCAGACACUGCUUGGCAGCCAGGACUUUGCAGGUUUUACUCAAUGGUGCUAAUUUUGUCCUCUGAGCUCUUCCCUGUCCCUUCAUAUUUUCAGUCCUUACUUCCGUCGAUCCUCAUUCCCCAUUAAGGGCAAGAGUGAUGGUGGUGGUGCCAGAAGGUGACAACAGAACCCUAGUGGAAUAAGAGGCCUGGGUUGGGUGGAGUAGAGGCCUGCAGCGGGGCAAUGGAAUGUAAAACAUUCAGGAAUUGGUAUAUAAUACUAUAUCAAAUCAAUAUCCAUUGGCUUGUUCCUAAGCCAGCGGUUCUCAACCUGGGUCAACCUUUCACAGGGGUCGCCUAAGACCAUCGGAAAACACAUAUAUAAUUACAUAUUGUUUUUGUGAUUAAUCACUAUGCUUUAAUUAUGUCCAAUUUGUAACAAUGAAAUUGGGGAUCACCACAACAUGAGGAACUGUAUUAAAGGGUCGCGGCAUUAGGAAGGUUGAGAACCACUGUCCUAAGCCAUUCUCAAAGGGAGAUAGGGCGGGUCUGAGUCAGAAUCUGUGGCUGUGGUAGGAAUGAGGACAACUAUUCAGCAUAGGCUGGGCGUUUUGGAGAUGUUUUCAGUGUAACCGUUUUGGCUUUUUAAACAGAAUUUUCUCUGGAAAUGUACUGUGGUUCUUAUCUGCAUUUACAGAUUAGUCUUCAACCCCCUUUCCCACUCAGCAAAUAUUACGUUGUCCUCCUCUGGUUGUUGGCUCAACUCUCCUACUCACCUUAUUUUCUUCCAUCAUUUUCCGGCAUUCUCAAGAUAGAAAAGUAACCCGUGAACACUCUGCCUGUCAUCAUGUCCUAGGGCGGGACGGGAAUCUCUUUCCACCGAUCAUAGCAGAACCAACCGGAAUUGGUGGUAGGAGGGUGGGGAAAGGAAAACGGAGCUGGCAUAGACACAGGAAGGAACUCUUUCAGUUCUUUAAUUAUCUAGGCAAAUGCUCUGUUGGAAUCCAGACCAUUGGGGCUGAAAGGUUUACAGUGGUCUUUGGAAAGGGUGAAGGAGCUUGGCAAUGUGUAGUAAACAAUCUAGAGGGAAGAGUUCAAUGAGAACCAAGGGAGACCCCUCAGAAAAAGGUAUAUGGGUAACUUCUCUCCUUUAACAAGGAGUGGCCAUGAUUUAUUGCUGCAGAGUACUUAGUAUAUAUUGAUAUUAACUGUUGAAUUGUAGUUAUGGGUGGGAAGAACAGUUUUACUUCCAUUUUUAUUUCUCUGAAUGUUUAGUUUCUGAAAGCUACAGGACAUAAUGUAUGGACUGGACAGGGCCACUCUCUCUGUGAUUUCUGCUUUUUUGUUCAUAUUUCUUUAUUUACUGAUGAUUUCCAAAAGAUUUAGCUUUCCACUCCUGCUUUUCCCCCUCUCCCAACCCCGCCUACUUUAGAAGGGGGUUCUGUAUGAGAGCUUGUUGAAGAUGUCCAGUGAGGCUGAAGUAAAGGGGCAGGAAAGGGCAGUUGACUAAAGAGCACUUUAUUUCUUUGAAGUUCUUUGUAAGAAGUGGGGGUGUGAGUGGCUUGAAUCCCCCAUUGUGUUGGAGGGAAGUUAGUGGGGUUGAAGUAUGACAUAAUAUUUUAAAAUUGGGGGAAGGAGAAUUUCUCAUAGAGGGUGGCACAAUGCCUUUGCCCAGUGUUUCUAUUUUGGGCAUCUUUCUUAUUUCUUCCAAUCAGGGUGCCUCCUGCACACAACUUCCUAUCUGUUCUCCCUAAGAUCCCCCUUUACAUGUUAUCACUCCUCUUUUGUAAACUCCUUUUCUACUCAGAUUCAGGCAGAGUUUGCAAGGGUAGACUAAAUCAUCCAUGUAAAUGUCCCUUGUUUAGAAAUCGUCUGUGUCUUAAAGAAAACUAGUCUCAUUAAGAACUCUGGUGGGCUGCCAGAGUAACUGAAGUUUGGGGCUAGGGCUGGAGAUUGGCUGUCAGGCCCCCUUGGACUUAAGGUCCCCUUCACUAAACUCAGCCUUGCUCAGUGGCAGAGGAAAAACCUGACCCUCUUUGGGCCUGAGUUCCCCAUUCCCCACCAUGACAUGGAAGAAUACUACUUUUUCUUGUUGGUUCAGCAUUGCUGGGCUGGAAGUAUAGUCAUUGUUGUUGUAUUGGGUGAUGUGUGCAAAACUGCAGGAGCUCACUGCCUGCAAGAUGAACUACGGGGGAAAGUGGAGGAGAGGGACAGAAGGAGCAAUUAAUUGGUGUAGAUCCACCCAUCCCUGCCUUCCUCUCUUUAACCUCUAUGUUUCUGGUUUGGUGAGUCCUUCCGACCACUCAUAAUGCUUUGCAUUGGUGCAGGCUGGGAAGGGGGGUAUGGUCUCACAAUUGUUGUUGUUGUUUUUUUGCAUGCUUUCAUAAUAAAAGCCAAGAAGAAUGUU